AUGGGCAUCCCGCGACUCACGACUACCCUACAGCCCUAUGCCGAUCUUUGUGUUCUGCAGGACGAAGCUGUCGUUAUUGACGGGCCGGCUUUGGCAUACCACAUCAUCCAUGUCUGCAGAAUAAAUGGUGUCGUUCAACCGUCAUAUCGACUCGUCGGCGAGACCACCCUGGCCUGGUUGGAUGAGCUAUCAAGCCAUCAAGUGGUCGUCCAGGCCAUUUACUUUGAUGGAUAUCUCCCGACGUCUAAACGGGAGAUUCGCAUGGGGCGACUGAUGAGGAAUUCCGCUCAGAUCGGCAGGCUCUUCUCCGACAACCCUCUCGGAUGCCCACGGAGCCAAAUAGCAGCUGUCGGUGGCCAGAACCAUGGCCUGAAUCGCUUCAAGAGCGUCUGCUUAGAUGUCUUUAAGGCCGGCGAUCCGGGCACCAAGCCCUUUGCGGACCCAAGCUUCUUCGUACCAGCCGUCGUCGACGCUUUAAGAUCCAGCGAUCGAUACCGGAAGCUGGUCCGGCUCGUGCCCGGCGAGGCGGAUGCCGUCUGUGCCAGACAUGUGGCGGAACACGGUGGCCUGGUGCUCACGUCGGACUCUGAUCUUCUCGUCUACGACUUGGAAGCUGGCAAGGUCGCUUUUUUCCGGGACCUACACAGGGGCGCCGACUCGGCAAUCCUGUGCUCCAGCUUCACACCCCGCUCGAUAUGCGGACAACUCGGCCUAUUGCCCUCGACUGGCAUCCUUCGAGUGGCGUACGAGCUGAAGCAUGCACCCCAGGCGACGCUUCCGCAGUUAUCUCGAGCUUGCGAACAGCCAGCGGCAGACCUGUUGGACUUCCUCGAGUUCUACAAACAAUACCAGCAUGACAAAGAAGACGAAGACUUCCGCAAUCUGGGCCACGAAUUCUUGCCGCGACUCACGGCUCUUGACCCACGGCUGUCAGAGCUCGUCGUCCAGCUCUACAGCCCCUCGAUUAAGUGGCAUUCCAACAGCGCCGCCAGAGUUUUCCUUCCUGUCCUGAUUGAAAACCUCGACCGGGGCAGUGCGUGGCAGCAGAGCACCCCCAUUCGCCGAUUGGCCUACACCUUGCUCAAGAUGGGCUCUGUCAGACCAAGCAUGCCGAUACUGGAACACAGACGCGUUCAAAACGUGGCACAGAAAGGACGGCUGGUUGAAACCGCACCCGCGGCUGAGGCCCAACAGUACAUCGACGAGGUCUUGAAUGUCAUCGAGCGCUUGAAAGACUUGACUUGCGUGGCAGGCAGAUACUAUUGGCCUCUGGUUGGCCUCGCUCUUGACAUGGGUGAAUGCCAGAGGCAGGGCAAACAGUCACACGCCUGGCACAUGUUCCAACAGCGGUACAAGCAGUCGCUGGCGUGGGCCAGCAAAAUCAGCUGGGAUAUCGUCCAUUUCUUUGCCCAAGUUCAAGCUGCGUUGUACUCGCUUCGUAUGCUGCGUCAAGUGCUGUCUAUUGUUCGCGAGGGUGCGACCAAGUACCAUCUUCCAUCCAACGCCAAGCAGCUAUGGUCGGCAAUGCUUCACUUCCCUUCACUGUCCAGUUUUCCCGACAUUGAUGACAUCCUGAACCUUCUCCUCGGAUCAAGACAAGUGGGAUUUGUGCGAGAGUUUGGCGAGCUGAUGCGCUUGCAUGUGCCGUCAACAUCCGAGCUUGGCGGCAGUGUCAAAGUUGCAGCGGGCAGUGGCAUGGAUGAGGACAUCCGGAAGCUGGCCGCCAAGCCCAUCUCGAACAAAGCCAACAUGUUCGGCCCAUUGUCUAUAGACUAA